AUGGCCAGAAAGGGGAGGUGGCUGACGCGCUGCACUCCCCGGGCCGCCGCCGCCGCCGCCUGUCCUGCCUGUGCAUCUCGCUCCACCCCGUCGCCGCCGCCGCUACGGCCGCGCACUUUCCUCCCCGGAGCCCGCGCUGCCGCCGCCGCCGCCACAGCCCUCGCGGAGGAAAAGAGGCACCGGGACGCCGCCGCCCGGGGCAAGGCGCGGGGCCGAGACGGCUGCGCGAGGAACCUGGACGGCGCUCCUCCUCCUCCUCCCUCUCCAUCCCCCGCCUUUCUCCUUCUCCUUUCUGUUUUGGCGGGCGGGCGGGCGGGAGUCUCCCUGCCAUGA